CACUUAAGUAGCUGCCAGCCAGUGUGAGGGAUAAAGGAGGGAGAACGUCCAGCUAUUGCUGACCUACUUGGACCCGAACCCCCACCCGACCCGGCCCAGCCAGCCCAAGCCUGCGCCAUGCGGGGCCCCAGCGCGGCUUUAUGGUUUUUCCUGACUCUGCGCACCGUGCUCGGCCAGAUGGAGGUACGGUGGUGCACCACCUCGGAUCCUGAGCAGCAGAAAUGCAACGACAUGAGCAAGGCCUUCCAGGAAGCAGGCAUCCGGCCCUCCCUCCUCUGCGUCCAGGGCAUCUCGGCUGACCACUGUGUCCAGCUCAUCACGGCCCAGGAGGCUGAUGCCAUCACUCUGGAUGGAGGAGCCAUUUAUGAGGCAGGAAAGGAGCAUGGCCUGAAGCCAGUGGUGGGCGAAGUGUACGAUCAAGAGGUUGGUACCUCCUAUUAUGCUGUGGCUGUGGUCAAGAGAAGCUCCCCCGUGACCAUUAACACCCUGAAAGGCGUGAAGUCCUGCCACACAGGCAUCAACCGGACAGUGGGCUGGAAUGUGCCGGUGGGCUACCUGGUGGAGAGUGGCCGCCUUUCAGUGAUGGGCUGUGAUGUGCUCAAAGCCGUCAGUGACUAUUUUGGCGGCAGCUGCGUCCCUGGGGCAGGAGAGACCAGUUACUCGGAGUCCCUCUGCCGUCUGUGCCGGGGUGACACUGCUGGGGAGGGCGUGUGUGACAAGAGCCCCCUGGAGCGAUACUACGACUACAGCGGGGCCUUCCGGUGCCUGGCCGAAGGGGCAGGGGAUGUGGCCUUUGUGAAGCACAGCACGGUGCUGGAGAACACUGACGGGAAAACCCUGCCCUCCUGGGGCCAGGAGCUGCUGUCACGGGACUUUGAGCUGCUGUGCCUAGAUGGCAGUAGGGCCGAUGUCACUGAGUGGAGGCAGUGCCACCUGGCGCGGGUGCCUGCUCACGCCGUGGUGAUCCGGGCUGACAUGGACGGGGGCCUCAUCUUCCGGCUGCUCAAUGAAGGCCAGCGUCUGUUCAGCCAUGAGGGCAGCAGCUUCCAGAUGUUCAGCUCUGAGGCCUAUGGCCAGAAGAACCUGCUGUUCAAAGACAUCACCUCAGAGCUGGUGCCUAUCGCCACACAGACCUAUGAAGCAUGGCUAGGCCGCGAGUACCUGCAUGCCAUGAAAGGGCUCCUCUGUGACCCCAACCGGCUGCCACAGUACCUGCGCUGGUGCGUGCUGUCCACUCCCGAGAUCCAGAAGUGUGGAGACAUGGCUGUGGCCUUUAACCGGCAGAGGCUCAAGCCAGAGAUCCAGUGCGUGUCGGCCAAUUCCCCCCAGCACUGCAUGGAACUUAUCCAGGCUGAGAAAAUCGAUGCUGUGACCCUGAGGGGAGAAGACAUUUACAAAGCCGGGAAGAUGUAUGGCCUGGUUCCAGCUGCUGGGGAGCGGUAUGCUGCGGAGGACCGAAGUAACUCGUAUUUUGUGGUGGCCCUGGUGAAGCGGAACAGCUCCUACGCCUUCACCAUGGAUGAGCUCCGGGGCAAGCGCUCCUGCCACCCUGCCUUGGGCAGCCCUGCAGGCUGGGACGUCCCUGUAGGUGCCCUCAUCCAGAAGGGCUUCAUCCGGCCCAAGGACUGCGAUGUCCUCACAGCGGUUAGUGAGUUCUUCAGUGCCAGCUGCGUGCCCGUGAACAACUAUGAGAACUACCCAUCCUCGCUGUGUGAGCUCUGUGUAGGUGACGAGCAGGGUCGCAACAAGUGUGUGGGCAACAGUCAGGAGAGGUACUACAGCUACAGCGGUGCCUUCAGGUGCCUCGUGGAGAAUGCUGGGGACGUCGCCUUCGUCAAGCACACAACUGUCUUUGACAACACAAAUGGCCACAAUCCUGAGCCCUGGGCUGCAGAACUCAAGUCUGAGGACUAUGAGCUGCUGUGCCCCAAUGGGGCUCGGGCCGAGGUGUCCCAGUUUGCAGACUGCAACCUGGCACAGAUGCCGUCCCACGCCGUCAUGGUUCGGCCUGACACCAACAUCUUCACUGUGUAUGGACUGCUGGAUAAGGCCCAGGACCUGUUUGGAGAUGACCACAAUAAGAAUGGGUUCAAAAUGUUUGACUCCUCGGACUAUCAUGGCCAAGACCUACUUUUCAAAGAUGCCACCAUCCAAGCAGUGCCCGUAGGGGAGAAAACCACAUACCAAGACUGGCUGGGCCUCGACUACGUGGUGUCCCUGGAAGGGAUGCUGUCUCAACAGUGCUCCCCGGUCACCACCUCCGGGGUGUCCCUGCUGCUGCUGCUGCUGUUGUUGCCACUGUCCCUCACCGCUGGCCUCCUGCAGCCCUUCCUCUGA